UUAUAAAGGCAUUAGCACUACCCACCAAAUUAAGUUUCAUCUAGAAAGUAAGAGUUUGGAUAUUCAUUCAUCAAAGAGAAGCUUUUUGCUUAGAGAAAUGGGAAGAGCACCAUGUUGUGACAAAACAAGUGUCAAGAGAGGUCCAUGGUCACCAGAAGAAGACUCUAAACUUAAAGACUACAUAAGCAAACAUGGCACUGGUGGGAAUUGGAUUUCUCUUCCUCAUAAAGCUGGUCUGAAGAGAUGUGGAAAAAGUUGUAGAUUGAGAUGGCUUAACUAUCUUAGGCCAAACAUUAAGCAUGGAGAUUUUUCUGAUGAGGAAGAUAGAAUAAUUUGUAGCCUCUAUGUUAAUAUUGGAAGCAGGUGGUCAAUUAUAGCAGCUCAAUUGCCAGGUAGGACUGACAAUGAUAUCAAGAACUAUUGGAACACAAAAUUGAAGAAAAAACUUAUGGCUUUGCAGUUUCCAACAUCAUCACAUCAAAGAAAACCACAGUUUCCACCUUUUCCUUCUACUCAUCCAUUCUCAAACUACUUUACUACUACUCACACCCCCUUCUCAGAUUUUCAAACCAUUUCACUUCCAUCAAAUAAUAACUAUCCAAACACAAGUUUCAACCCCUUUUACCAAAAUCAAGAGUCUAUGAUUAGUCUUAAUCCUUCCAUGCAAUAUAAUAACAACAUGUUUAUGUUUGGAAGUGAAGGAAGUUGUAGUUCAUCUGAUGGAAGUUGCAAGGAAAUUAAGCAAGAAGAAAUUGGUUAUCAUCACAUGAAUAGUGGUGGAUUUGAUGAUUACAACAAUAAUAACUUUAUGAUAAAUUGUAACAAUGGAAGUGUUGGUGAAAAUAUUAACCAAUAUGAAGAAAAAACAAGUGGAGUUGGAUAUGUUUAUAAUAAUGGUCAAAGUCAAACAUUAACUCCAUUACUAGAUUAUGGUCUUGAAGAUAUUAAGCAAUUGAUUAGUAGUGAUAACAAAGAUUUUAGUGUUGAUGAGAUUCAUAAGAGUGAAGAAAAUGGUAUGUAUUACUUCCAUUAUUGAUUCUUCAGCUGAUGCAACUUACGAGAAGUUGCACCAGAGAUCGAAUUGUAUCGUAAAAUCGGAUGUACUAAUUUGAUGAUAUAACUGGGAAAGGGUAUGUUAGUGAAGUUUUUUUUUUUUUUUUGAGGUCAUGCAUGUGUAUUUUAUUUAAUUUAAUGAAAUGGUGAAACAUUUCUUAUUGUGGUUAA